GGAAACCAGACUUGAGAGUUCGUCCAAAGAGUACUUUGGGGGCCAGACUAGUGCAUCCGCUGUUUCCGUGUGCCGGCACUGGAACCAUCUGUUUUGUAAGGCAGAGGUGUCUCUGAAACCAUGGACAAGACAAGAACUUUCCUGGAUGUUAAAGAGUACCCCGAUACUGAGGUACAGAAAAACCGAGUACUGACUCUGGAAGAAUGGCAAGAAAAGUGGGUGAGCCGCAGAAUUGGAUUCCAUCAAGAGCAAGGACAUAAGUUAUUAAAAAAGCAUUUGGAUACUUUCCUUAAAGGCGAGAAUGGACUGAGAGUAUUUUUUCCUCUCUGUGGAAAAGCAGUUGAGAUGAAAUGGUUUGCAGACCGAGGACACAGUGUAGUAGGUGUGGAAAUCAGUGAACUUGGGAUACGGGAGUUUUUUGCAGAGCAGAAUCUUUCUUACACAGAAGAACCCAUUGUGGAAAUUCCUGGAGGCAAAAUAUUCAAGAGCUCUUCAGGGAACAUUUCGCUGUACUGUUGCAGCCUUUUUGAUCUUCCCAGAGCAAAUAUCGGCAAAUUUGACCGGAUCUGGGAUAGAGGAGCAUUAGUUGCUAUUAACCCAGGUGAUCGCGAACGCUAUGCAGAUAUAAUGCUGUCCCUAACAAGAAAAGGGUUUCAUUACCUCUUGGCUGUUCUUUGUUACGAUCCCACUAAACAUGCAGGCCCACCAUUUUAUGUUCCAGAGGCGGAAAUUAAAAAAUUAUUCGGUUCAAUAUGUAACAUUCAUUGCCUUGAGAAAGUUGAUGUUUUUGAAGAGCAACAUAAAAGUUGGGGAAUUGACUACAUUAUUGAAAAGUUAUAUCUGUUUACAGAAAAGUGAAUGAGACAAGUAAAAACAAGUAAUAGCAACAUGGUUUUGGGCAAUGAACAGUUAUGCCAAGGCAUGAAAAUAUAGUGGAUGACUCUUGGAAAAUUAUUCACGGAUCACAUUACAAAUCUUUGCUCACAAAUACACAUAACUUUAUAGAAAAGAACAUAUAACUAAAUCAGUGAAGUAGCUACCUUUAGAAAGAGUGUGACUGGGAGGGUGAAAGAAUCUUACUUACAGAUUGCAAGAAUUUUUUAUAAUCAGCCUGUGUUGUAUAAUUUUAAAAAUUAAAAAUUAAGGGGGCACCUGGCUGGCUCAGUCGGUGGAGGAUACAACUUGUGAUCUUGGCGUCAUGAGUUUGAGCCCCACUUUGGGUAUGGAGAUUACGUAGAAAUAAA